CGAUUCCGGAUUAUGAUUAUGCGGGAAAAGUUGAAAAGUUAAACACAGUUGAAAAUAGUCUUGAGUCUACUCAAAGCGUACUCAAUGACAACAAAGCACGAGGAGGUGCAAACAUGGCUUGAAAAUGUUUUUGCUGGAGAUGACAUUCCAGAGUUUGAAAUAAAUGCCACUAGUUUAUCCCUUCUGUACAGUCUGAUGAAAUGUAAUGAGCAUGCCGACAGAGAUACACGACUCCUGGUGGAUGACUAUCGGCAAAAGGCAGAGGAAUAUAACAUAGAAGCCAGAAGAUGUGAAGGAGUUCUAAAGAGGAUGAAUUUGUCCAUUGCCAGUUUAUCCCAAGCUGGGGUUAUCUCCUUUCGUGUUAUAGCUAAUCUUGCACUUAUUUUACAAAUAAAAGACACAUCUGAUACAAGUUUCCUUCUGGCAAUGCAACAUUUAGAUGAUGAAAUAUACAAGGCUGAGGAAGCUAAAAGAAAGGAGGAGAGACAUUUACAGAUUAUAACUGAGAAAAUCAAAACUGCCAUGGUCAAACAGAGCCACCUAAAAAAAGCCAUGGAUGUGCUUGAGCAGAAAGCAGCAUGUCAACAACCAGAAACCGAGAAACGAAUGAAAGAUGUUCACUUCAUUCGCAGCAAGACCAAAGAAUAUCAGGAUAAGAUUAGACAGAUGCAGAAGUCUCUUCAAAAACUGAAUGUGGAUCCCUCCAUUUAUCACUAUAGCCUUGUCAAAAGUUCAAAGGAGUUACAAAAGGUUCAGGAGGAGUUGUCUCCCCUACAGUCCAAGUUACAGGCAUACAGUAGCCUGCCUCCGGAUUUAUCAUCUAUCAAAGUGAAAAUAGAAGAAUUGAAAGUAAAAUUGGCUGAUUUAGAAAAUGAGUUCAGCAAGAGAAUAGAUCUGAUGCAUAUGUAAAAGUGAUGACCUUAAAUGAUAAUUAACUAAAAGAAGUCACUAGCAUAAGAGAAGACUAGUUAUGAAAUGCAUUUUAUAUAUUCUUGAACAAUGCUGUAAAAUAAUUUUGAAUAAAAUAUACUGAAAUUAGAGAA